GCUGGUCGGCGGGCGGGGGUUUGGGGCACAACUAGGAAGCUGAGCGCGCGGCUCGCACGCCGGGACCGCCCGCGCCGGAGGAGGCUACUGCUGCGCUCUCCGACAGCCCGGCUGGUCCUCCCGUCCCAUCCCGGCCCGGCCCGGUACCAGGGCCACCGGCUGUCGUCCAGUGGCUCCACAAUGAGUGUUCCUGAUUACAUGCAGUGUGCUGAGGACCACCAAACUCUGCUGGUUGUGGUACAGCCAGUAGGGAUUGUCUCAGAGGAAAAUUUCUUCAGGAUCUACAAAAGAAUUUCAUCUGUGAGCCAGAUAAAUGUGCGAGAUUCACAACGAGUAUUGUACAUCCGCUAUAGGCAUCAUUACCCACCUGAGAACAAUGAAUGGGGAGAUUUCCAAACCCACCGAAAAGUUGUGGGCCUCAUCACAGUAACAGACUGCUUCUCUGCGAAGGAUUGGCCUCAAACCUUUGAGAAGUUCCAUGUCCAGAAGGAAAUUUAUGGUUCCACACUCUACGAUUCCCGGUUGUUUGUUUUUGGGCUGCAGGGUGAGAUUGCAGAGCAGCCUCGAACAGAUGUGGCAUUUUAUCCCAAUUAUGAUGAUUGUGAGUCAGUGGAGAAGAGAAUUGAAGAUUUCAUUGAAUCCCUUUUUAUUGUCCUGGAAUCCAAACGCUUAGACCGAGCCACUGAUAAGUCUGGAGAUAAGAUUCCUCUUCUGUGUGUACCAUUUGAAAAGAAGGACUUUGUAGGAUUGGACACAGAUAGCAGACACUAUAAGAAGCGAUGUCAAGGGCGGAUGCGGAAACAUGUUGGUGACUUAUGCCUUCAGGCAGGGAUGCUACAAGAUUCCUUGGUUCAUUACCACAUGUCUGUGGAGCUUCUGCGGUCAGUGAAUGACUUUUUAUGGCUUGGAGCUGCCCUCGAAGGCUUGUGUUCUGCGUCUGUUAUUUAUCACUAUCCUGGUGGUACAGGGGGCAAAACUGGAGCUCGACGGCUGCAAGGUAGCUCCCUUCCUACUGAUGCAGGCAACCGGCACCGACCAGGGGCACAAGAAGUUCUCAUUGAUCCAGGUGCUCUUACCACUAAUGGCAUAAAUGCAGACACCAGUACAGAAAUAGGACGUGCCAAGAACUGUCUUAGCCCUGAAGACAUCAUUGACAAAUAUAAAGAAGCAAUUUCUUAUUAUAGCAAGUAUAAGAAUGCUGGUGUAAUUGAGUUGGAAGCUUGUGUCAAAGCAGUGAGAGUCCUUGCAAUUCAGAAGAGGAGCAUGGAAGCAUCAGAAUUUCUCCAGAAUGCUGUUUAUAUCAACCUUCGCCAGCUUUCAGAAGAAGAGAAGAUCCAGCGUUACAGCAUUCUUUCUGAGCUCUACGAGCUCAUUGGUUUCCAUCGCAAAUCUGCUUUCUUCAAGCGGGUAGCAGCAAUGCAGUGCGUGGCCCCCAGUAUUGCAGAGCCUGGGUGGAGGGCUUGCUACAAACUGCUCUUGGAGACUCUUCCUGGCUAUAGCUUGUCCUUGGAUCCCAAGGACUUCAACAAAGGAACUCACAGAGGAUGGGCAGCCGUGCAGAUGCGCUUACUUCAUGAAUUAGUGUAUGCCUCCAGAAGAAUGGGGAAUCCUGCGCUCUCAGUCAGACAUUUGUCCUUCCUUUUACAGACCAUGUUGGAUUUUUUGUCUGAUCAGGAAAAAAAGGAUGUGACGCAGAGCUUAGAAAGUUACACUUCAAAAUGCCCAGGAACAAUGGAGCUUCUCUCUCUCCCAGAUGGACUAAACUUGCCUCCUGUCCCAUUUACAAAACUUCCCAUUGUAAGGCGUGUGAAACUCUUGAACCUCCCAGCCAGCCUUCGGCCUCAGAAAAUGAAAAGCUUACUGGGUCAAAACAUGUCAACCAAGAGCCCCUUCAUUUACUCUCCAAUUAUUGCACAUAACCGGGGAGAAGAGCGAAGCAAGAAAAUAGAUUUCCAGUGGGUUCAAGGAGAUGUUUGUGAAGUCCAACUGAUGGUGUAUAAUCCGAUGCCAUUUGAACUUCGUGUGGAGAAUAUGGGUCUCCUUACAAGUGGAGUGGAAUUCGAAUCUCUUCCUGCAGCUCUUUCUCUCCCUGCUGAAUCUGGACUUUAUCCAGUGACACUGGUUGGUGUCCCUCGGAGCACAGGGCAGAUUACUAUUAAUGGUUAUCAUACUACUGUUUUUGGGGUGUUUAGUGAUUGUUUGCUGGACAGCCUGCCAGGAAUAAAGACCAAUGGCUCCACAGUAGAAGUCAUUCCUGCUUUGCCGAGAUUGCAGAUAAGCACUUCAUUACCCAGGUCAGCCCGCACUUUGCAGCCUGCCUCUGGGGAUGAAAUCUCCACUAAUGUGUCUGUCCAGCUUUAUAAUGGAGAGACCCAACAACUUGACAUCAAAUUGGAAAACAUUGGAACUGAACCUUUGGAGAAACUAGAAGUCACAUCAAAAAUUCUUACCACCAAAGAAAAGCUGUAUGGUGACUUUUUGAGUUGGAAACUUGAAGAAACACUCUCUCAGUUUCCCUUACAACCAGGAAAGACAGCAACAUUCACUGUAAAUAUCAAAGUAAAAUUGGAUUUCUCCUGUCAAGAGAAUCUCCUGCAAGAUCUCAAUGAUGAUGGAAUCAGCAUUAGUGGUCUUCCUCUUUCCAGUCCUUUUCGACAGGUUGUCAAGCCUCGAGUUGAGAGCAAACCAGUGAAUCCCCCGGAAAGCAGCAAGGCUGGUGAUUUCAGCCAUGUAAAAACACUAGAAGCCAUCCUGAAUUUUAAAUACUCAGGGGGCCCAGGCCAUGUUGAUGGGUAUUACAGGAACCUGUCCUUGGGGAUUCAUGUGGAAGCUGAGCCAUCCGUGUUUUUCACUCGAGUUAGUACACUGCCUGCAACAAGUACCCGUCAAUGCCAUCUGCUUCUGGAUGUAUUCAACUCUACAGAGCAUGAGCUAACUAUCAGUGCUAAGAACAAUGAAGAGCUCAUUCUACAUGCUGGGGAAUGUCAAAGAAUGGCAAUUCAAGUAGACAAGUUCAACUUUGAGAGUUUCCCAGAGUCUCCUGCAGAAAGGACUCAAUUUACGAACCCUAAACAACUUGAAGAGGAGAGGCAGGAAACCCGGGGUUUGGAGAUCAACAGCAAGUUAGACAUCCACUGGAAUAUCCCAUCUUUGAAGCGACAUGGCGAAGCAAGUGUUGAGGGGAUCCUCAACCAGCUGGUCCUGGAGCAUCUCCAGUUGGCUCCUCUGCAGUGGGAUGUGCUAGUGGAUGGACAGCUGUGUGACUGUGACGUUGUGGCAGAUUGCCGAGUCGGUGACCCCAUCCCACUUGAAGUACGGCUAACCAACUGGAGCAAGCGAAAUGUGGGACCCUUUGCCCUUACGGUGAUCCCCUAUCAAGACUACCAGAAUGGUGUGCACAACUAUGAGCUUCAAGAUGCCAUCACCUUUGUGGGCUCCAACACCUUCUACAUUGAUUCGGUUCGACCAACAGAAAACUCUGUAUGCCUGGGCGCCCUCCUCUUCCUCUACACCGGUGACUUCUAUCUAAACAUCAAGUUCCACGAAGACACCACCAGUAAAGAGCUGCCGUUGUCCUGGUUCUGCCUGCCCAGCAUCCACAUCCGAGCCCAAGGGCCUGACCUCCAGGCUUGAAGGCCAAGAUCACAUGGGCUCAGGCAGCCUGGAAACUGCCUUGCCCAAAUGCCAUUUGGACCCCACAUUGACAUCUGAACCUCCAUUUCUUCCCAAGGCUGUCCCCAACAUCCUUAAAAAGGGCAGUAAGAGAAGUCUGUCAUUGAGGCAGCUGCACCAGUAACCUGUCCCCAAACUCCACAUGUUCUGAAGGGUGCACACGCACGUGGGUCCUCUCUGCCCAACACAAGCAUUCUCUGAAAGCCAGGAUGAAGGAACAGAAGGUGGACUGCCAUCCCAACCCCAUCUCUGUCCCUGUCCCCUUACCCUGGGGUUUCUCAAUCUUUACCCAAAGUGACAGGCGGGUUAUAUCUUGUUCCUCCUUUCUGCAUUUUCAUACAAAAUAUCCUUAGCCCCUGAGUUAUGCUGGCGGCAGGGCAAUGCUGUUCUAGCUCAUAGCCUGAGGAAUCUGUUUAUGGGCUAUGCCCUGCAUUGGUGUGGUCAGCAACACAUCACCCCACACCCCUGAGAUGGGAGAAUUAGGGCUCAGCCUUUUAAACUCGGGGCUGCCUGCCUUAGCUUUUUAAAUACGGGCUAGGGGAUCACCCCAGAGCCUGCCAUGGCCAAGCGAUUAGCCAGCUCAAACAUAGCUUUAGCCUUAGAGGGCCUUGGUGUUUCUACACCUCCUUGACCCCAACUGUUGCUUGGUUCUAGGCAGAAACUACUCUCCCAACUGACAAGCAGCCCUUUGGGCUGCAGAGCCCCAGAGAAAAGGCAGAGUGAGGGUUGGGGUGGGCACGAUGGUCAUUUCUAAAGGCAGCUUCCCUAGGGGUUACACCUAAAAGAAGAGCAGCUUCUUCCCAGAGAAAGGAAUCAAGCUAAACACUUCUCAUUUCUCCCUGGAAAGUUCAGGGCUUCCCUAGAUAAUUUCAGACUUCUUCCAGAUUGACAGCUAACCAGUCAUUGUGGGAGUCCUUAUGCCAUCUAAUGGGGAGGAGAGGUUAUUAUCAAUAAGAACAGUUUUCCCUCCACCACAAAGGCCUGUCUCUGGGCCUUCCCUCCCUGGGUAGAGCCUAGGCGCAGGGGUGGGGAACCUGUGGCCUUGAGGCCACAGAACAGAUAUGUUCUGUGAAGUCUGGGUUCAGUCAAAGGGCCACAUUUAAGGACCUAGAGGGACACAUUGGCCUCGAGGCUGCAGCUUCUCCACCCCCGGAACUAUGCCUCUAGUUGCUGGGUGCCCAGGGGAGGCAGGAGCACUCAAGGAUGUGGAUAAGGGUCCUGUUGACCUUAACUAGAUGUUACACGAUUACUAUAUUUGUAUGUUUGUGUGAGAAAAAGAAAAGACCACUUUGUUUGAACCAAGCUGCCCUAACACCUAACCCUCUGGAACCAUCUGAGCAUAACAUGGCUUUGGCAACCUCAUGUCAACCUGCCUCCUACAGAAUUGGCCUAGUAGAUCUAGCCACUACUUCCAGAGCCCUUGUGAUAUUCAUUUUUUCCAGAUAUUUUUGUUUUCCUUUUACUUUCUGUAAAAAUACAUAGUGGUCUGGGAGAGGGAAAGUGGAGGGGUUUCAUUUACUGUAGUCAGAUUUGUCUGAAUAAUUCGAUGUUCACAAUAGAGGGAAAAACACGUAAUCUACACUUACCACAUGGAACGGUGAAGAUGUGUGCUUGCCUUAGCUGGACUCUCAAGGUCCCCAGUUUAAAGAAACAAAAAGUCCUUCUGAGCAUUGUCAGGAGGCAAAGGCAAGGACCUCACAGUGCUAGAAAGGGCUCAUUCUCUGGGAACCCACUAUUAGCAGAUGGGAGAGCUCUGAACAAAACCAGGGCCCUGUCCCGGCUCCCUGCUCAGCCAAGCUUCAGAGCCAAGGAAGGAUGAGAAUAGUCUCUUUUUUGAUGGCGUCAUAUCCCACCCUCUCGGGCCCCUGUCCUGUUCACCUCCCAUAGCCUCACCCAGCCACAUUCCUGUUCUGGUACUUAGCAAACUUUAAAACGAGACCACCUAGUAAAUUUGAAAAAUCUCAAGCCAGGCUUUCCUGUUCCUGUUCCCCAGUUCAUUCUCAGGGCCCAACCCACUGAUGCAUUUGCUUUCUAGGCACCUUUAUCAGAAGCAGAAGCCAGCUGUUAGUGUAGAGGAAGUAGGGGUCUCACCUAUAGCAUCUAAUCCUAUCAGGGCCCACUUUCAACCAUUCUCCCCAAGCAAAGCAUCUUCUGAUGCUGCUUCUGGCCAUAUUACCCUGCCCUGCCCUGCCCACAGAGAUAUGGCUUUGUCCUCCUUCAGUAGUAGAGAGGAUUUUUGAAUGGUUCUUGAGGGAGAACCAGAGCCCAUGCAUGCAGUGUGUGAUGGAGCCCUUAGCAGAGUGAGGACACAGCAGUGAGGUUAAGCUAAAGAUGAGGAUUAUCCUGGGCUCUUGGCCCUCUCUGGAAACAAAGGCUAUUGUCCUGCUUGUUGUAACACUCAGAACAUCUGCUCUCGGUAAAUAUGGGUCCCAUCUAAGUUCAACUAUCCAAAUAAAACUGUUACCUUGCUACAACAA